AUGAUAACAGGAACAACAUAAGCAGAUAUAGCAUUAUUAAUGAUUGCAUCUCCAGCAGGUGAAUUUGAAGCUGGUAUUUCUCAAAAUGGUUAAACUAAAGAACAUAUUUUAUUAGCCUAUACAUUAGGAGUUAGAUAAUUGAUAUGUGCAAUAAAUAAGAUGGAUGAGAGAUCAGUAAAUUAUUCUAAAGGAAGAUAUGAAGAAAUAGUAAAGGAGAUGACAAUUUAUUUAAAGAAAGUAGGAUACAAUACAGAUAAUGUUCCAUUUAUUCCUAUUUCUGGAUGGAAUGGAGAUAAUAUGUUAGAGAAAUCAAUUAAUUUAUAAUGGUAUAAUGGACCAACUCUUAUUGAAGCAUUAGAUGCAGUAACACCUCCAAAGAGACAAACAGAUAAACCACUUAGACUUCCAUUAUAAGAUGUAUAUAAAAUAGGUGGUAUUGGAACUGUUCCAGUAGGAAGAGUAGAAACUGGAGUAUUGGCAAAAGGUAUGAUAAUCUAAUUUGCUCCAUCUGGAAUAACAUCUGAAGUCAAAUCAAUAGAAAUGCAUCAUUAAGAUCAUCCCUAAGCAAUACCAGGAGAUAAUGUAGGUUUUAAUGUAAAAGGUAUAUCAGUUAAAGAUUUGAAAAGAGGAUAUGUAGCUUCUGAUAUAAAGAAUGAUCCAGCAAAAGAAUGUAAUUCAUUUAAUGCUUAAGUGAUUAUAAUUAAUCAUCCUGGUCAAAUUUAAAAUGGAUAUUGUCCUGUUUUAGAUUGUCAUACAGCACAUGUUGCAUGUAAAUUUGAUUAAAUAAUAUCUAAAAUUGAUAAAAGAACAGGAAAAGUAAUUGAAGAAGAACCUAAAUUUAUUAAAUCAGGAGAUUCUGCAAUUGUUAAAUUAAUACCAACUAAACCAAUUUGUGUUGAAAUCUUUUCUGAAUAUCCACCUCUUGGAAGAUUUGCUGUAAGAGAUAUGAAAUAAACUGUUGCAGUUGGAGUUAUUAAAUCUGUUGAAAAAAAAGAAAUUAAGAAAAAAUGA